UGUUCUGUUCUGAUUCGAACACGGCUUCAUCAAAUCAAAAGCUAAAAAAAAAAAUCCUGAAUUAAAAAACUCACAAAUCCCCAGAAAUUUAUAUAAUCUCUCACUAAUUUCUUUCUUCUGUUUUUUGUUUCUCGGUUACGCGUAGUUCUAAUUAAAAACGACGAAAGGUUUGACGAAUCUUCGUCGUAAAUCUGCAGCUGCUCCCCACCGGGUCAAGCGACUCGUUUACUUUUCUACGGUCUUCUCUCCACAGAUAAACUUUGAUAUUUCAGCGGCAAUAAUGUAGAUUGAAUCAAGGAGUUGAAAGUUGUGGUUUUGUUUAAAAGAUUUGGAAGUGUUUUAGAGAUGGAUGAGAGUAAUCAUGGAGGUUCAUCAAGCUCACUACCACCUUUUCUUACAAAAACCUAUGAGAUGGUUGAUGAUUCUUCAUCGGAUUCGAUCGUCUCGUGGAGUCAGAGCAACAAGAGUUUCAUCGUUUGGAAUCCCCCGGACUUUUCUAGAGAUCUUCUUCCGAGAUUCUUCAAGCACAACAACUUCUCGAGUUUUAUCCGUCAGCUUAACACAUAUGGUUUUAGAAAAGCUGAUCCUGAGCAGUGGGAAUUUGCAAAUGAUGAUUUUGUGAGAGGUCAAUCUCAUCUUAUGAAGAACAUUCAUAGACGCAAACCUGUUCAUAGCCACUCUUUACCUAAUCUUCAAGCUCAGCAAAACCUCUUGACGGAUUCAGAACGAGUGAGGAUGAAGAAUCAGAUCGAGAGAUUGACGAAAGAGAAAGAAGGGUUGCUUGAAGAGUUACAAAAGCAAGAUGAGGAACGAGAAGGGUUUGAGAUGCAAGUGAAAGAACUAAAAGAACGGUUACAACGCAUGGAGAAGCGUCAGAAAACAAUGGUUUCGUUUGUUUCUCAAGUAUUGGAAAAACCAGGGCUUGCUUUGAACCUCUCACCGUGUGUUCCCGAACCAAACGAGAGGAAAAGAAGGUUCCCUAGGAUCGGGUUCUUGCCUGAUGAACCGAUGAUGGAAGAGAACCAAACAUGUGUUGUUGUGAGAGAGGAAGGUUCCACAAGCCCGUCUUCACACACAACAGAGCAUCAGGUUGAACAGUUAGGGUCAUCGAUAGCGAUUUGGGAGAAUCUUGUAUCGGAUUCUUGUGAGAGUAUGUUACAAACAAGAAGCAUGAUGACACUUGAUGUGGAUGACUCGUCUACUUGUCCAGAAAGCCCUCCUCUUUCUUGCAUACAGCUAAGUAUCGAUAAACGUCCCAAAUCUCCUUCUUCUCCAAGGAUCAUCGACAUGAACUCUGAGCCCGAUGUUACGAAAGAACAGAACAAUACUGUUGCUGCUCCUCCUCCUUCAGUAGCAGGAGCGAAUGAUGUUUUCUGGCAGCAGUUCUUCUCAGAGAAUCCUGGCUCAACUGAGCAACGGGAUAAAGCUGAAGAUCGUAGUGAGAAAUUGUGGUGGAGUUCAAGGAAUGUAAAUACAAUUACGGAACAGCUUGGACAUCUGACUUCUUCAGAGAGAAGUUGAUAAAGUCAAAAGAUUAAAAACUCUUUAGUCUGUUUUAGUUUCUUGUAAAAUAGGUUUUGGCAGUUUUGUUGUCUUCGGUUAAUAGUAUUUGGGUCUGGUUCAGCUGUUUAUUAUCACAUGUAUGUUCCACAUUUCAUUGUAGCAGACGACUACUACUAUGUAACAUUAAUCUUGUUCGGACUAGGGAGCUUAAUCGAAAAACU